AAAGUCGUCGCAUUUAUAUCGGAAAAGUUCAUGAACGCAUGAACUGGUUUGUGUGUCGCACAAGAGUUCAAUUUAUUGAAAAGUACACACGAGCAGAUUGCAGCGUGAUCGACGUUGCAAAGUGAAUAAUCGUACAGUCAAAUAAAUAUACGCGGAUGGUGUUGCAAGGCUUUUUCUUCUUUAUUCGAUACAAAGCGAGAUAUAUUUUUCUCGGAUUUCACGUAUAUAAAAUCACGGUCGUCACUAAUUUUAGUCCAUUGUAAUCUAAUCGGACUUUGGGGACAGACGAAACAAAGUUUUUUCUCACAAUUUUUUCUCUUCGACGAAUAAUGUCGAGUAAAUUUUCGAGUUUUUUAUUUUCCUGCAUCGUAGUUGGAUCAGUUUGGUCGAAAUCUCAAUAUUCAAAUAGCUGCGAAAACAGUGAUUACGGAUAUGUUCACAGAAGAUUCUCGCGGCAAAUCGCUCCCGGCACAAAAUGGUGCGGAAACGGUGACAGAGCUAUCGAUGACAAAGACCUCGGAUAUUUUCGGGAAACCGACAAGUGCUGUCGUGAACACGACAAAUGUUCGAUGGAUAUUAAAGGGAAAGAAACUAAAUACGGCCUCACAAAUCCAGACAUGUUUACACGAUCUCAUUGCGACUGUGACAAAAAAUUCUACGAAUGUCUCACUGAUGUGUCGACGAGGAUGAGCCGCACCAUUGGAGAAAUAUACUUUAAUUUUCUCGGCAAAAAAUGCUUUCGCGAAAAAACUUGUCCACCUGGAAUGACCUGCGAAAAGGCGUACGAAUGGGUUGACGGCAAUGUAUGGUUGCCAACUGUGGACGAGCUUCGAAAAAUGUACAAAAUGAUUUCAAUUUUGAUACCAGAACUCGAGUUCGAUCCGUUCGAAGAUGACAUCAUCGGAGUAAUCGGAGAUGCGUCGAACAAGACAAUUUCCCAACCGUCUCCCGCCCGAUCUUAAUUUCCUUGGUUUUUUAUUGCGUUAUUUUCGUACUUUUAUAAACAAUAUUCCCGACCACAAGUUUUUAUUGCCGUUUGAAUGAAAUACCUUGAAAAAAAAGUUUAUCGUGCGUUUAAUUUCAAAAUGUAGGUUAACGACUUAAUUUUUCUGUACCAGAAAGCGCCUUCUUGUUCGUACACAAAAAAACAGACACGCGCGGCCAUUUGUGCAGGUGGGUACGCCCGUUAUAUUUGCUUUUUACCAAAACUUUUUUCUUUCUCGUAAACGAUCGUUACACGUCGAGAAAACGAGGCAAUACUUGGGGCCGAAAAAAUUUGGAAAGUUUUCGGAAAAUGGCGGAGAAGUGAGUGGCGUCACUCAAAAAAUGUCGAAUUCCAAACACAAAGGAAUCGUACCGAAGAUCGCGACGGCAUCGUUCGUUCACGAUUCCGAUGCGGUGACGAAAUUUCGAGUAUCUUAUCGUUCGAAAAUCAUUAGAAGAGAAUUGGGAAAAAACGAAAUUACAAAAUGAGGCCGUUAAACAUUUUACAAGCGACGACGUGUUCGUCCGAGCGCUCGACAGGGAAAAAUAACGCGCGUGGAGCAUAAAAUUGAUUAACUUGAAACUAUUCCGUGUAGCAUCGUUUAUUGACUGCUCGAUUCGGUGUUAUCUCCGUUGCGUUCGAUUGUUGUAAAGCAGUAACGCGAGUGCGAGCUUUUCUACCCUUGAAAACUUGACACCGUACAUGAGCAUAAUUUUGCAGCAUUGAAGCUUAAUGCCCCUGCAUGCAAAGGGGCCGCGUAGGGCGGAGGGGGGCGUGAAAAAAAUAAAAAGUAGAUUGGUGCGCCGGCGCGAAGUAACGAUAUAAAGUCGCGGGGGUGGGGGUGUGAAAAGGUGGCAAUGGAAUAAGGGUAGAAAGCGCGCGACGUCAGGUCAGACGUUCCGACGCUGCGGUGUCGCGUGUAUCAAACGGCCAAAUGGCGCAUCGGUUAUCUAUGAGUUCAUUAUUUUUUCAAGGCAUCACAAAAAACGGAGAAAAUUAAUAAUAAAAAAAUAGACGAUUCGAAAUGGAGGGAAUUAGUUUUUGGCCCUGAAUAAAUCUCUCAAAUAAUUAAUGCGAAUGAAAUUUUUUUUUAUCGCUUUCAUAACGGCAAUUCAAUUGUAUAGAGAAAAAAAACUUUCGAAAACAAUGGAAUCUCGUAGAAUUCGUUCGUGCUCAAAGAAUCAUUUGAAUUUAUACGAUUCACAUUCGUCCGUUAUUUUUUCGCCCUCGUGCAAGUCCCCAUCGAUCGGGAAGCUUCGAUUGCAGUCGGUUGACAUUUUUACCGCUUAAAAGUUGCUCAAGGUCCAAGUUCAUCCCUCGUAUCGCGCGUGCAAUGUUCUCUUCGAGGAAUAGCCGAGCAUUCGCGAUGUAUUUGUGACGAUAAUAAAUGUGUGCGCCAUCGUCGCGAUACGAAGGUGUGCAGAAACUUUC